ACACACCUGGGUCAAUUUGUGUCACUUCCAAAUUCCCUCAUUUAUAUCCUGAUUAGGUUUAUAAACACCCCCUUGAGAGCUCUUUGUUAAUCCACUAUUUAAACCUCCCUCCUGUUGUCUGUCACUCUAUCCCUCCCCCAGCCUUUCCCGCUCAAGCUCUACCCUUCUCUGCCCAGCCUGCCCCUUGAUUCACAGUCAUCUUCCUCUCUUCCCUGUGGACUGCCUCCUACCAUGUUCCCUUGAGCCUCCAAGGAAGGGGCUCAGGGGGCCCCAUGGCCUCCCGCUCCCCGUGGCCCUAUAGCCCCCGUGGGCCAGGGGAAGCAGCUCGAAAGCCCCAAUGCCGAGGAUGGGCAACCGCACGUGGGAGGGCUGCCAUGUGGACUCGCGUGUGGACCACCUCUUCCCACCAUCCCUCUACAUCUUCGUCAUCGGCGUGGGUCUGCCUACAAAUUGCCUGGCCCUGUGGGCAGCUUACCGCCAGGUGCGUCAGCGCAAUGAGCUGGGGGUCUACCUAAUGAACCUCAGCAUUGCUGACCUGCUGUACAUCUGCACGCUGCCACUGUGGGUCGACUACUUCCUGCACCACGACAACUGGAUCCAUGGGCCCGGCUCCUGCAAGCUCUUCGGGUUCAUCUUCUAUACCAACAUCUACAUCAGUAUUGCCUUCCUCUGCUGCAUCUCAGUGGACCGCUACCUGGCUGUGGCCCACCCGCUGCGCUUCGCCCGCCUACGCCGUGUCAAGACAGCGGUGGCUGUGAGCUCCGUUGUCUGGGCCACAGAGCUGGGUGCCAACUCAGCACCCCUGUUCCAUGACGAACUCUUCCGGGACCGCUACAACCACACCUUCUGCUUUGAGAAGUUCCCCAUGGAAGGCUGGGUGGCCUGGAUGAACCUCUACCGGGUCUUUGUGGGGUUCCUCUUCCCAUGGGCUCUCAUGUUGCUGUCCUACCGAGGCAUUCUACGGGCCGUGAGGGGCAGCGUAUCCACUGAGCGCCAGGAGAAGGUCAAGAUCAAGCGGCUGGCCCUCAGCCUCAUUGCCAUUGUGCUGGUCUGCUUUGCGCCCUAUCAUGUGCUCCUGCUCUCACGCAGCGCUGUCUACCUGGGCCGCCCCUGGGACUGUGGCUUUGAGGAACGCGUGUUCUCAGCCUACCACAGCUCUCUGGCAUUCACCAGCCUCAACUGUGUGGCUGACCCCAUCCUCUACUGCCUGGUUAACGAAGGUGCCCGCAGCGAUGUGGCCAAGGCCCUACACAACCUGCUCCACUUCCUGGCCAGUGACAAGCCCCAAGAGAUGGCCAAUGCCUCACUCACCCUUGAGACUCCCCUCACUUCCAAGAGGAACAGCUCAGCCAAAGCCUUGGCUGCCAGCUGGGCAGCCUCUCCACCCUCCCAGGGGGACCAGGUGCAGCUAAAGAUGCUGCAGCCAGCACAGUGAACCCAACUGGUGCAGAGCCCCCAAUCCUCCAAUCUCAUCCCACAGUCCCUUUCUCCUGGUCUAGUGUAUACAAAUUGUAUGUAAAUAAGGUUGUUUAAUAUUCAUUAGAAUACAAGAAAGUAGGAAAAGAGUGAG